AUGAUUGGCUCACCGUCAUCAACGGUGACUAGCGUAGAAGCAUCAACGGCAUCAAGGGAACCACUCGAAUUGGUUGGCGAAUUCACCUGCCCGGUUACUAUCGAGAAAACUACGAAGGCAUCGGUCUGCUACAUCACAUCAGUUGAAGAUCUGAACGUCAUCGGACUGGACUGGUUGGACGCGUUUGACUUAUGGUCGAAGCCGUUUGCUGCCAACUGCAAACAGGUGAAUCUUUCCAAUUUUUCGCCUUCCUCUGAUCAGCACUUCCUUAAGCAAUAUCCUGAAGUUUUUCAAGAUGGUUUGGGCCACUGCAUGAAGACGAAAAUUUCACUGUCUCUGAAGCCGGAUGCCCAACCCGUUUUUCGACCAAAGCGACCGGUGCCUUUUCAUGCCAUCCAAAAGGUAGAAGAGGAGCUGGAUCGACUCGAGCGGUUGGACAUCAUCUCGCCGGUCAAUUUUUCGGACUGGGCAGCACCCAUCGUCGUUGUCAAGAAACCGGGGGGAAAAGUGCGUGUAUGUGCCGAUUAUUCGACUGGGCUCAACGCAGCACUGGAGACCAACAACCACCCUCUUCCUACCCCGGAGGAGAUCUUCAGCAAGCUAUCCGGCAGUCAAGUCUUCAGCAUCAUCGACCUGUCGGAUGCCUACCUUCAGGUGGAGGUCGAUGACGAAUCCAAGAAGCUGUUGACGAUUAACACCCACCGUGGGUUAUUCCGUUUCAGCCGAUUGGCUCCAGGGGUCUAG